UUGUGUGUGUGUGUUGUAUUUGUGAAGCGGCGUGUUUGUUUUUAUUCAUAUCUCCUCAGUUGCAGUCUCCGUGCCGCGGGCUCAGCGCUGCACGAGUGGCGGGUUUGCAGUCAAAUUUAACUCGUUAUGAAAACAUCUAGCGGAUCUGAAGAGCAGAAAGGACACAUUCACUGAGGAGACGGUCAGAGCGAGUGACUAGAGCACUAGAGCCGUGCUGCACAUCCCACUGACAAUACCUGAAGACUGCUUUAUCCUGGUGAAAGCCAAGGAACAAAAAUGGAGUCUGUUUACAUUAAACAGGAGGUGGUUCUGGAAUUGGUACCUGUGUGCAUUAAACAAGAAAUGCCUGAACUGGAGCCUGUCCACAUUAAAGAAGAGACUGAACUGGAGCCUGUCCACAUUAAAGAAGAGACUGAACUGGAGCCUGUCCACAUUAAAGAGGAAGAGACUGAACUGGAGCCUGUCCACAUUAAAGAGGAAGAGACUGAACUGGAGCCUGUCCACAUUAAAGAAGAGACUGAACUGGAGCCUGUCCACAUUAAAGAAGAGACUGAACUGGAGCCUGUCCACAUUAAAGAAGAGACUGAACUGGAGCCUGUCCACAUUAAAGAGGAAGAGACUGAACUGGAGCCUGUCCACAUUAAAGAAGAGACCGAACUGGAGCCUGUCCACAUUAAAGAAGAGACCGAACUGGAGCCUGUCCACAUUAAAGAAGAGGAGACUGAACUGGAGCCUGUCCACAUGAAAGAAGAGACUGAACUGGAGCCUGUCCACAUGAAAGAAGAGACUGAACUGGAGCCUGUCCACAUGAAAGAAGAGACUGAACUGGAGCCUGUCCACAUGAAAGAAGAGACUGAACUGGAGCCUGUCCACAUUAAAGAAGAGACUGAACUGGAGCCUGUCCACAUUAAAGAAGAGAUUGAACUGGAGCCUGUCCACAUUAAAGAAGAGACUGAACUGGAGCCUAUCUACAUUGAAGAGGAGUCUAUUCACUUGUUGUUUAAGGGUUCAGAAAAUAUAUACCGGCCAAAGAUAUCACAUCAAUGUACUGGAUAUGAAAAGAGCUUCAGUCAGUCAGGAAACCUAAAAAUACACCAGCGAAUUCACACUGGAGAGAAGCCGUAUCACUGUAGUGAAUGUGGGGUGAGCUUCACGGUGUCAGGAAGCCUAAAAAUACAUCAGCGAAUUCACACUGGAGAGAAGCCAUAUCACUGUACUAAAUGUGGGGUGAGCUUCAGUCAGAUUGGAAGCCUAAAAGCACACCAGCGAAUUCACACUGGAGAAAAGCCUCGUCACUGUUCUGAAUGUGGAAAGAGCUUCAGUCAAUUAGGACACCUAAAAUCACAUCAGCGAAUUCACACAGGAGAGAAGCCAUAUCACUGUAAUGAAUGUGGGCAGAGCUUCAAUCAGUUAGGAGUCCUAAAGAGACACCAGCGAAUUCACACUGGAGAGAAGCCAUAUUACUGUUCUGAAUGUGGGAAGAGCUUCCGUCAGUCAGGAGACCUAAAAGCACAUCAGCGAAUUCACACUGGAGAGAAGCUGUAUCACUGUACUGAAUGUGGGGAACGCUUCAGUAGGUUAAGAGACCUUAAAAAACACCAGCAAAUUCACACUGGAGAGAAGCCGUAUCACAGUACUGAAUGUGGGGAGAGCUUCAAUCAGUUAGGUGACCUAAAAGCACAUCAGCGAAUUCACACUGGAGAGAAGCUGUAUCACUGUACUGAAUGUGGGGAACGCUUCAGUAGGUUAAGAGACCUUAAAAAACACCAGCAAAUUCACACUGGAGAGAAGCCGUAUCACAGUACUGAAUGUGUGGAGAGCUUCAAUCAGUUAGGUGACCUAAAAAGACACCAGCGAAUUCACACUGGAGAGAAGCUGUAUCACUGUACUGAAUGUGGGGAACGCUUCAGUAGGUUAAGAGACCUUAAAAAACACCAGCAAAUUCACACUGGAGAGAAGCCGUAUCACAGUACUGAAUGUGGGGAGAGCUUCAAUCAGUUAGGUGACCUAAAAAGACACCAGCGAAUUCACACUGGAGAGAAACCAUAUCACUGUACUAAAUAUGGGGUGAGCUUCAGUCAGAUUGGAAGCCUAAAAGCACACCAGCGAAUUCACACUGGAGAAAAGCCUCGUCACUGCACUGAAUGUGGAAAGAGCUUCAGUCAAUUAGGACACCUAAAAGACCACCAGCGAAUUCACACAGGAGAGAAGCCAUAUCACUGUAAUGAAUGUGGGCAGAGCUUCAAUCAGUUAGGAGUCCUAAAGAGACACCAGCGAAUUCACACUGGAGAGAAGCCAUAUUACUGUUCUGAAUGUGGGAAGAGCUUCCGUCAGUCAGGAGACCUAAAAGCACAUCAGCGAAUUCACACUGGAGAGAAGCUGUAUCACUGUACUGAAUGUGGGGAACGCUUCAGUAGGUUAAAAGACCUUAAAAAACACCAGCAAAUUCACACUGGAGAGAAGCCGUAUCACAGUACUGAAUGUGGUAAGAGCUUCAGUCAGUUAGGAAGCCUACAUAUACACAAGCGAAAUCACACUGGAGCCAGCCUCCCUCCCUCUCAGUCCCUCACCUCUCCACCCUGCUUGUUUGAGUGUGUGGAGAGCUGACUGAUUCCUUGUCUCUCUCUCACCCUGCAGUAAAUGAAAGGGGUCCCCAGGAGUGAGAGCCAGCCUGAAUCCAGAGACACUGAGAAGGGGAGCGUGUCAAACUGAAGGAGACAGACCCAUUCUUUCAGAAUGAACUGGAGAGCCCUGGGAUUCAGCUCCACUUCUGCCCCUGAAUUGGAAAUGAAUCUCACUCAUCAUGCUGUGAGGAUUUAGGACAGUUACAGGGUCAUUCUACUUAAGGGACACAGUGGAAAUAUGCCAAGCUUUUUCUUUGAACAAUUAUAUGUGUGAUAUAAACCCAACACAUUACACUCAGCUGCCAAUAACAUUUAUGAUAUUUUUAAAAUGUAAUUUGAGCUAUAAAUGGCAUUACUGUUCCAAUGUCAGUGAUUACAGUAUACAAUACAUAAGUGAAUUGUUUAAAAACACCCAAAACUAAGAAUAUCUUCAUGGGUGUGGCAGCAAUGUGUGCUUCAUCUAACUAGUAUGGCCUCUAAGCUCUUGCACCAGUGCAGACACAAGCUGAAACAACCUUGUGUUUUUUGUUUUUAUUUUAGGUGGUGCAAACUUUGCACUGGAGCAAAAGCUGUUUUGGUUUUGUGUGAAUUUGAAUGAAUGAAUCUGCUUUGAGUGUUUAAAUACUGAGAAACUCCAAGCUUACUGUCUACUGGAGCCCUGCUUCAGUGCAAUGAGAUUGAAAUACAAUGUGUAGAUUGUUGUAUAUCCAAUUAUUGUGACAGACCACAAUAUUAGAGCUGUAUAAAUAUAAUACUGUAAAACAUGAAAGGUUAGCAAGCAAACAAUUUUCACUAAUGUUACAUUUGUUACAAAUCUGCAGAACCUACAUACUGCAACAUUACCAUCAUUACUACAUUCAUAGUUAUACAGUUUAUGAAUAAUUGAUCGAAACAAUCUGCAGAAUGAAGUUGCCUCAGACUGUUUGACAGUAACAGAGCUGGUGCAUUUGUGGAAUCACCAUUAUCUGUUUUAUUCUUUUUGGCUUGUUUGUUUUGUAUUUUGUAUCAGUAUGCUAUCAUUAGAGUGAUAAGACCUGAUACAUCCUGAGGCAGGCUUAGCUAUUUAGAAAGGGUUUCAUUAAAAUUGAAUUUCCUGUACAUUUUCCAGUAUCUCUGUAUAUAAAGGGCACAUGUUUCCAUUACCUCUGUAUGUAAAAGGUUUCUCAUUUUUAAACUGUCAAUGAUUCCUGAGAGAGAUCUGCAGUGGAACUGAACAAACUCAAGGGAGACAUUGAAAAAUACAAGCUUGUCAAAGGGGGAGAUGCUGCUGCAGGUUUGAUCAUACUGGCUUCAUGAAAUGAGAAAUGGAAUUCCUUUGCUAGUGUCUCAUGAUGUCAGCCCUGGAGUGUGGGCUCAGUCUUCAUGAAAUGAGAAAUGGAAUUCCUUUGCUAGUGUCUCAUGAUGUCAGCCCUGGAGUGUGGGCUCAGUCUUCAUGAAAUGAGAAAUGGAAUUCCUUUGCUAGUGUCUCAUGAUGUAAGCCCUGGAGUGUGGGCUCAGUCUUCAUGAAAUGAGAAAUGGAAUUCCUUUGCUAGUGUCUCAUGAUGUAAGCCCUGGAGUGUGGGCUCAGUUCUCAUGAAAUGAGAAAUGGAAUUCCUUUGCUAGUGUCUCAUGAUGUAAGCCCUGGAGUGUGGGCUCAGUCUUCAUGAAAUGAGAAAUGGAAUUCCUUUGCUAGUGUCUCAUGAUGUAAGCCCUGGAGUGUGGGCUCAGUCUUCAUGAAAUGAGAAAUGGAAUUCCUUUGCUAGUGUCUCAUGAUGUAAGCCCUGGAGUGUGGGCUCAGUCUUCAUGAAAUGAGAAAUGGAAUUCCUUUGCUAGUGUCUCAUGAUGUAAGCCCUGGAGUGUGGGCUCAGUCUUCAUGAAAUGAGAAAUGGAAUUCCUUUGCUAGUGUCUCAUGAUGUAAGCCCUGGAGUGUGGGCUCAGUUCUCAUGAAAUGAGAAAUGGAAUUCCUUUGCUAGUGUCUCAUGAUGUAAGCCCUGGAGUGUGGGCUCAGUCUUCAUGAAAUGAGAAAUGGAAUUCCUUUGCUAGUGUCUCAUGAUGUAAGCCCUGGAGUGUGGGCUCAGUCUUCAUGAAAUGAGAAAUGGAAUUCCUUUGCUAGUGUCUCAUGAUGUAAGCCCUGGAGUGUGGGCUCAGUUCUCAUGAAAUGAGAAAUGGAAUUCCUUUGCUAGUGUCUCAUGAUGUAAGCCCUGGAGUGUGGGCUCAGUCUUCAUGAAAUGAGAAAUGGAAUUCCUUUGCUAGUGUCUCAUGAUGUAAGCCCUGGAGUGUGGGCUCAGUCUUCAUGAAAUGAGAAAUGGAAUUCCUUUGCUAGUGUCUCAUGAUGUAAGCCCUGGAGUGUGGGCUCAGUCUUCAUGAAAUGAGAAAUGGAAUUCCUUUGCUAGUGUCUCAUGAUGUAAGCCCUGGAGUGUGGGCUCAGUCUUCUCUGCUGCCUGCUUGUUCUCAGUGUGUGAGUUCAGCUGCAUUUCCAGUGUCCUGAGCUGGGCUUUGAACACACUGGGGACGCAGCUGAGAACAAGCCAGACCCACGACUCAGGGGUUUUGUUUUAGAUCAGAUAACAAGAUGAGAAACAUUAUAUGCUUAACUCUGUUUUAUUGUUUUUAUUGAAUUUUUUUCUAUGAAUUUUAUUAGGACUCAGAAUCUCUUUGCAUUCAUUGUGUUGCAAUUUAGACAUUUUCACUUUACAUAUUAAAAAGCACAGAUAAGUCUAUUAGAAAUAGACUACAACUCUGGCUAAAGGUUUUGCCUCACUCUGUGGAAUGAACUAAUUUUGCUUCAUAAAUUCGAAUGAAAUCUGCUGAAUAAUGUUACAUGAACACAUUGAAUUACACACUGCUUUGUAGUUUUCCAUAUAUUGAAUGAAAAAGUGACAUUUUUAAAUCUAUGAUGUACUGUACUACUAUUAUGGCAUCCAGUAGACUUUUGUGAUAUCCUUGUGUAGUUUCUUUGAUUACACAAUGUUAAAUAAAAGUUCUGAAUUAUGUUCAUAUAGUUGUUUUUUUUUUGUUUUGUUUUUAAUUAUACCAACAAAUUCUAGGUGAUGCUAAACUUUUGUCCGAGCUGUACAUAUACAUCAGCACUGCCAUUAAAAUAGAAUGUUUAAAGCUUUAUAUAUUGUGUAUCAAUUGCAUUCUAUAAGACAGUGUGAAGUGUAGAUGAUGCUAUUAAAAGAGAACACCUUUACACAUUUCACUAUUCAGAAGCCACUAAUAAACUUUGCAUUGAUUUUACACUGAA